CUUCCAACGUCGCCAGUCCGGCCAUCCGCGGCGACGGCAGGGAUAACCGAGGGGUCCUGCGCCUGUAUCUCCGACGCGUUCGUCGGUCCGCUGUCCGGCGCCACGGUCAGGGGCCGAUGCGUCGCGAAAUCUUACCUGGAGGAGCAGCGGCGUCAUCGCCUCGCGUCCGUCACAUCCACCCCGACGUCCCUGGCCUCCUCUUCCUCUCGAGACGGCCCCGUCCCCUCCAGUAUCCUUCUCUCUCUCUCUCUCUCUCUCUCUCUCUCUCUCUCUCUCUCUCUCUCUCUCUCUCAGCUGUGCUAGGAUCUAGAUCCUCUCUCUGAUGUACAGCAGCGUCGCCCGAGCAGUAGCAGCAAAGCGACCUUGCAAAUCAAUCCAGCAGCCUGCAUGUGCGAGGUAUUCUUUGCCCCAUGCCCAGUUCGAAUCCUGCUCCUUACUUGCUCAAUGCUCAUUUUUUAUUCAUGGGUUGGUCACCUGCCAAAAAUUUGCUUCUGAGUAUUUAUGUGUUGCGUGCUUUCUUCAUAUGUGCGAAGUGAAAUUCGGUCCAAAUGCGCGAGGAGUUCAGAUGGUGGAGCUGUUGGGUAGUCUGUAUCGAGCCAACACAGUGCAUCAAGGAACAGCACAAAGAGCCACCGACAUUGAGGCCAGCCAGCAACAACGUGUAUGGUUGGUCCUCUUGGUGAUUCAACUUCAGAAUGAUACCAUGAAUGAUUUUAUGAGUACUGAGGUGGACAUAGGUCGACACAGGACACAUACAUCAGCUAUUGCGGUACAAAAUAGGAGCGUGCUCCAUGGUUGUCCGGGAGUUCAGGUGGCGCUCCAGGCCCCCUCCUGUUCCUACCUCUCUGGAAUCCGAGCGUGCUCUAGCAAGGUGGUCCGCCGCGCUUCGACAAGCGGCAGCAAAUUCCGCCUCCUCUGCAUAUAGCAGGUGGCAGUAGCAUCGGAGGACUCCUCAAAAGCUGGCCUUGCCUUUCCUAUGAUGGAUAAGAUGGUGUUCUACCACACACCCAACGCGAGUUAGCCCGUGUGCUACAUGGUCUAAAGCGACAUCCAAGAAAACCUGUACAAGAAGGACUUCGACGGCGAAGAGAAGCGGGAGCAUGUCCUCAAGUGGCAGCAUAAAAGCUGUUGGAUCGUGGCAUACUCUUGCAGCUAACUUCGUGCACAGUCUGCUCCAUGCUACAGGUCACCGACCUCAAGAACCCAGGAGGCACCGCACUGUCACCCACCAGGCGGGCGCUGCUCCAGGAGUAUAACUACCCCGAGCUCAUCGCCAAGAAGGAAACGCCUAUAUCUGGUAUUGACAUGGCUUAUUUGGAAUUUUGCAGCUCCAUUAGUUGUGAUUCAACAUUGUGAUAGUGUAGGUUGAAAUUCAGUUGUAACUGAUUGUUCCUUAAAUCAGUUUCUGUAUCUCCACUGUUCAAUGUCAGGAGUGAACGAGUGGGGUCAGCAUGGUGUCAAAUUGAGUCCUGGUUUGAGUUGAUUUCUCUCUUUGGCAUGGGCGGUGGUAAUUAUAGUGCAAUCAGGAAUAUUUCCAUUUUGUUGGCUAACCCCCAUUUCUGAUAUGACCAGGAACGUUAGUUUACUUAUCAAUUUCAGCUAUUGCAGCAUGACAGUUUGCUCUAUGUAUGAGCGUUAUGCUAUACCAUAACGUACCGGCGUUUUCUUCAACAGUACCAGUAUUUUCUUUGACGACUGAAGAUACAGAUGGAGCUUCACUGCUUCAGUAGUUGUGUAUAAUGGACAUGGUGCAUGGACAUCUCAAGCGUAGCCUCUCCCCGUGAGAUCAAUGCCGCCAGUAUUGGCGCCCUCACUGGAACAUGUGCAAGUGGAGACUUCUACAAGAGGAUCAGGUGGCAGGGCAAACAACAAGGAGAGGCAGUCAUGCAAACAUCGCCAACACCACCAGUUGUUAACAUGUGAGCUAGGUUCACGUCUUGGCAUGCUAUCUCUAUGUAACUGGAUACUUGAGUAGCAUUAUAUUACUAUCACUGGGGCUAAUCUACAACUUAUGUAACACAGUCCUAUGAGCCACGUAGUCAACUAGGAACAUGUUGCUAAUCCCUUGGUUCAUGAUAUUACCCUUCUAGCA